AUGGAGUUCGACGUCAUGGUUCAGACUUGGCUGGUGGACAUGUGGGCCAGGGAACACGUAGGGAUGGGGCUUCAUGGGAAUAAUGGCCGACAGGUAGGACCCAAUGUAUCGCCACGUCAGCACAAAGUUGUCCGAGCCUACGCUGCAUCCAAACCACGCGGUCAUUUCCAUGCAGGGUUUGUUGGCCUCCGAAAGCGAUUGGUGCCGGCUUCAACCCUCUUCUAG